AUGAAGCACCACGGAAAUGGAGAGCCGGACAGUGAUCGUUUGAUACUGAUAUCGUAUUUAGCUGCGAUAAGUCAGUUUCCAAAGAAUCUAUUCGAUUCACUAAAAUUAUUGUCUGAGGCCAGUAAUAUUGAAACAACAGCUGAGAGAGAUGAAAAUUAUGACCAUUUAUCGAAGUGUUUCCGAACAGAUUUCGAAGGUUCCAUGAUAUCCGGAGCUUUGCAAGUAGCGGUGGAUGAUGUGAAUGCCGAUCCGGAAUUGCUUCCAAAUCACAAGCUAACAUAUGUAUUCAACAACACUUGUGGCGACGAGCAACAAAGUACUCGAUUUUUCAUGCAACAUUGGGCAAAAGGUGCAAAGGUUUUUAUCGGGCCGGAAAUGAACUGUCGAACGGAAGCAGCGAUGGCUGCUGCUCAGAAUUUGCCCAUUCUAUCUUAUAAAUGCAAGGAUGAGAUGAUGUCCGACAAGUCGAAAUAUCCUACAUUCGCGAGAACAGUACCAACAGAAACAGAAAUAACGGCCGCUCUAAUUGCAUUGUUCAAGUAUUUCAAAUGGCGCAAAUUCUCAAUAAUUUAUGAGGGAAAUGUAGCAAACCAGGAAUUAUUCCGUUCAAUAAAGAGCACUAUUGAAAAGCAGAAUGCAGGCAUGGAGAUAAGUGAUACUCAUUAUGUGAUCAUGAAUGUGAGUACUGUACCUCAUCCGUACUCGGAAAUUGAACGAAGCAAUAUUGAGCAGAUCAUAUCUGAUACAUCUGCCACAACUCGAAUUUAUUUGACUUUUGGAAAUGUUCGUUUGUUUCGUCGAAUACUUCUGGAAAUGGGAGCGCAGGGUUUAAUGGAAUCUGGUAAUUAUGCGUUGAUUUACUUGGAUCCUGACUAUGAUUGGUUGAACACCUACCAUGCCAUGAAUAAUCACUUUUUCAGAGAUACUCUGCUUUCGGUAAAACAAUCAUGGGAUGAUUUAAAUUCACAAGAUCGAAAAGUUGUCAAUUUCUCGAAAUUUGCCCUGGCAAUCAUUCCAACGCCAGUACAGUUAAAUGCUCCGGAGUUCGUGGAAUUUUGGCGAAAAGCCAAUCAUUAUUUACCAUUAUUUGGUGUAAAGCAAAACAGUACUACAACUUCUAUUAAGGUGAAUCGUUUUGCAUGUUAUUUAUAUGAUUCGGUGAAACUAUAUGCAUCAGCAUUAACAGUAGUAUUAAAUGAAACAGCGAAUGAGCAGCUUUCAGUUGGUUAUGAUCCGAUUUCGGAUGGGAGACGAAUCAUCAGUCAUAUUUUGGGACGUGUGUAUCGAAGUAUACAAGGAUUCGACAUGCAUAUUAAUAGUAACGGAGAUGCACAAGGCAAUUAUACUCUGCUAUCAUUACAAGAAGUGAAGCCAGUAUUGGAUGUGGAUAAUCCUGAUUACUAUCCGCUCAAUUAUGGUCUAGACAUUUCUGCCGAUUUCGUUCUUGAUUUUAUCGGCGAUCUUCCUCUAUUGCGCUUCAAACGUGAUAUCCAGUGGCCUACCGGCUUUGCACCUCGUGACGAACCUGUUUGCGGAUUUCAUGGAACAAUGAGUUACAAAUUUGAGAAAGAGCUAUCAAAUAUUUGGAAAAUUGAUCAACGUGAAAUCGAAAAGAUUGUGCGAUGCUGUGAAUCUGCUUCUUCAUUAUAUGUUGCGGAAAACAAUCAAAUGUUGCUGCGAAAGGAUGAGCAAUCUAAUCAGGAGAAACGGUUGCCUGGAUUGUGUGGUGUUGCACUUUAUAAAGGUGCUGUGGUAUCGAUUAAUGAAAUCACCUAUCCGCGCAAGAUAAAGGAGUUGACUCGUGCCACCAAAAAGGAAAUGAGAAUUAUGCGUCAAUUGCAUCACGACAACGUCAACUCAUUCAGAGGAAUUGUGAUUGGUUCUUCAUCUAUAUGUGUAGUAAGAGAAUUCUGCGCCAGAAGUUCGUUGAUGGAUAUCCUUCGUAGCGAUGACUUCAAAUUGGACCAUUUAUUCAUCGCAUCAUUCGUGGAUGAUCUUGUAAAAGGUAUGAUAUAUCUGCAUGAAUCAGACUUGGGAGUGCAUGGAAAUCUAAAAUCUACCAAUUGCUUGAUUACAAGUCGAUGGGCCUUACAAAUAGCUGAUUUCGGAUUGCACGAAAUUCGAGACGGUCAAGAAUGGGAAAGUGAUGAUUUUAUGUGGGAAAAUUUUUUGUGGACAGCACCGGAAUUGUUACGAGAAAAUGGAUGUGUGCAUGCUGUCAAAGGUACUCAAAAGGGUGAUGCUUAUUCGUUUGGCAUUAUUUUGCAUGAAAUUAUAACACGAAAGGGACCAUUCAUGAUGCUGCAAAACAGUGAUUUAACUGCUAAAGAAGUAGUGUUGAAUGUAUUGAAUGAUGUUGAUUAUCGUCCAUUUUGUGACGGUCUCCCAGCUGCUAGUUACGUUGUCAAUGUUAUGACACUGAGCUGGUCUGCUAUUCCCGGAAAUCGUCCCGACUUUCGAACCAUUCGACACAAACUAAAACCUAUGUUCGAACCAAUUUAUAAAGGAAACAUUGUGGACCAUAUGAUGAUAAUGAUGGAGAAAUAUCAAAAUCAGUUGGAAGAUUUAGUAAACGAACGUACUACUGAAUUAAGGGAAGAAAAACGACGAACAGAAAAUUUGCUUCAGCGUAUGCUGCCAGUUUCGGUAGCUCAACAGUUGCUUGCCGGUCGAGAUGUUGUACCGGAAUCGUUUUCUUCUGUUACUGUAUAUUUCUCGGAUAUUGUCGACUUUACAAAAAUUUCCGCCGAGUCAACUCCUUUACAAGUAGUUGAAUUCCUCAACAAAUUAUAUACCCUAUUCGAUCAUAUCAUCAAGCAGUAUGAUGUUUACAAGGUGGAAACAAUCGGUGAUGCAUACAUGGUGGUAUCAGGAAUGCCUGAAGCUCGUGCGGUGGAAGUGCAUGCAGAACAAAUUGCUAUGAUGGCACUUCAUCUUCUGGCUGCUGUUCGGAACUUCAAAAUCCCACAUCUUCCACAGGAACAGCUCCGAUUACGUAUUGGUAUACAUACAGGGCCAUGUGUAGCUGGUGUUGUGGGCAAAACGAUGCCACGUUACUGUUUGUUUGGCGACACAGUGAAUACGGCUGCACGUAUGGAAAGCAACGGCUGUCCCCUGAAAAUUCAGUGCAGUGAACAAACACACGAUGUUCUGAUAACGAUUGAUGGUUUCGAACUGAAGAAGCGAGGAACGCUGCAAAUUAAGGGUAAAGGAUUAAUGACUACAUAUUGGCUAAUAUCUCGCAGAAAUGCAACAUUUCCAAUAAUGGAUGGAUGUGAAUUGAUGUUAGAUAAAAAGUUGGUAUCGAACGUUUUUCCACGAAUGUCUGGUCGAAAUAGAAGACUUUCCUCUUCGGCAAUCAACAAAGAAUCAUCUAUUUCAUUAGCGGGAAAAGAGCCAUCGUUGUUACGUCGUAUCAUUGAACGCGCUACUUUUUUUCGAGAUGAUAAUCUGGAAUUUUUCAGUGGAUAUGUUCAUGAAAAUAACAAUGUUAGCAGUAAUAGGCAACAGUUGACAUAUUCGAUUCUUCCAUACAGACGGUCAUUUUCCCUACCUUAUAAAAAUGCGUGCGGUCAACAAAUAAAGGGUGCUGAGAACUUACAAAUGAACGAGGUGCAAAAAUCUGACAAUAUGCGAUGUGUUGAAAAUGACGGCGGGUUACAAUCUUUCUGUGGCAGUUUAACGUCAAAAAAACGUCCUCUUUCUUAUGGAGCAAGCAAAUAUUCAUCUGCUAAUGCUGAGAUGUCAGAUGUUUGUAGUCCAUUGAUUUUGGAAGAAUACAAGAUGUCGAAGUACGUGCAGAAUUGA